AUGCCUCCCUGUGACCCCUGCGUCCUGUCCGGCCAAUCACCAGGCUGCUCUCAGCAGGCCACGCCUCCGGCCAACUGCCAGGAGGCUGUCGCCGUGUCCCUCUGUAACGGAAAAGAACAAAUGGGACUCCAUGAGAAUGUCAAAGACAAGCUUCGGGCCAUUGUGGUGACCCUGUCCUAUAGUCUCCCGACCCCUCGGCUCCGGCGACAGGCUCCUGGCCAGGGGCUGCCCCCAGUGGCCCCCAUCCUCAAUGCCCACCAGCCCAGCACCCAGCGGACCGAGAUCCACUUCCUGAAGCAAGGCUGUGGGGAAGAUAAGAUCUGUCAGAGCAACCUGCAGCUGGUCCACGCCCGUUUCUGCACCCGCAUCAGUGACACCGAGUUUCAGCCUCUGCCCAUGGACGCGGAUGGGACGACAGCCCUGUUUGCACUGAGUGGGCAGCCAGUCAUUGGCCUGGAGCUGAAGGUCACCAAUCUGCCCUCGGACCCAGCCCAGCCCCAGGCCGACGGGGAUGACGCUCACGAGGCCCAGCUCCUGGUCACCCUCCCUGCCUCUCUGCACUACUCAGGAGUCCGGGCCCUGGACCCUGCGGAGAAGCCACUGUGCCUGUCCAAUGACAACGCCUCCCACGUCGAGUGUGAGCUGGGGAACCCCAUGAAGAGAGGCGCCCAGGUCACCUUCUACCUCAUCCUUAGCACCUCGGGGAUCACCAUUGAGACCACAGAGCUAGAGGUGGAGCUGCUGUUAGCCACGGUGGCUAUUCCCCAGCAGCUGUUCUUCUCCGGUGUGGUGCGGGGUGAGAGUGCCAUGCGGUCUGAGCGGGAUGUGGGCAGCAAGGUCAAGUACGAGGUCACGAGACUGGCUCCUGGAUCUAGGAUCCUGGGUCUUUGUCGAGACUCUGCUCUCCGAGGCCUCCCCGCAGCCCGCGUGCUCUCCAUCCCCAGGGAUUUAGUGGCCUUCACGCUCGCUUGUGCCCACAGGGUGGCUAUUCCCCAGCAGCUGUUCUUCUCCGGUGUGGUGCGGGGUGAGAGUGCCAUGCGGUCUGAGCGGGAUGUGGGCAGCAAGGUCAAGUACGAGGUCACGCUUGCCAGGGUGGCCAUUCCCCAGCAGCUCUUCUUCUCCGGUGUGGUGCGGGGUGAGAGUGCCAUGCAGUCUGAGCGGGAUGUGGGCAGCAAGGUCAAGUACGAGGUCACGGUCUCCAACCAAGGCCAGUCACUCAACACCCUGGGCUCUGCCUUCCUCAACAUCAUGUGGCCUCACGAGAUUGCCAAUGGGAAGUGGCUGCUGUACCCCAUGCGGGUGGAGCUGGAGGGCGGGCAGGGGCCCAGGCAGAAGGGGCUCUGUUCCCCCAGGCCCAACGCCCUCUACCUGGACUGCGCCCGGGGCACGGCCAACUGCGUGGUGUUCAGCUGCCCUCUCUACAGUUUUGACCGCGCGGCUGUGCUGCACGUCUGGGGCCGCCUCUGGAACAGCACCUUCCUGGAGGAGUACUCAGCUGUGAAGUCCCUGGAGGUGAUCGUUCGAGCCAACAUCACCGUGAAGUCUUCCAUCAAGAACCUGCUGCUCAGAGACGCCUCCACAGUGAUCCCAGUGAUGGUAUACCUGGACCCCGUGGCAGUGGUGGCAGAAGGAGUCCCCUGGUGGGUCAUCCUCCUGGCUGUCCUGGCCGGGCUGCUGGUGUUGGCGCUACUGGUGUUGCUCAUGUGGAAGAUGGGAUUCUUCAAGCGAGCGCGGUACCCCGAAGCUGCCGUGCCCCAGUACCACGCGGUGAAGAUCCCGCGGGAAGACCGGCAGCAGUUCAAGGAGGAGAAGACGGGCAUGAUCCUGAGGAACAACUGGGGCAGCCCCCGGCGGGAGGGCCCCGACGCGCACCCCAUCCUGGCUGGGGAUGGGCAGCCCGAGCUGGGCCCCGAUGGCCACCCUGUGCCAAGCACUGCCUAGCCUCCUUUGUCCCAGCUGGCCGGGGGCCCCCGCCACCCCUUCCCCAGAGAUGGCUCCUGGGGGUGAAGAGGGGGGACCCGGUCGCUGGUGUCCCAUCAGGAUUUGGCAGGAUCUGCUUCCUCAGGGCACAGACCUCUCCCCCCAUGAGGACCACCCCCCAAACUUCCCCUUAGGAUGCUGUUAGGUGAGAGGGGAAAUCAGGGGUGGGUCAUGGGGGAGGGUGAGGAGGGCAGCGAUGUUUUUAUGCAAAAGUGGGGAGAGGGGACCCUAAUCCUUCCCUCUCCUAUUCACCCUGUAUAACGGAACCCCAAGGACCUGUCUCCCCAAAAGUGCCUUAAGCCCAGAGGGUGGGGAGGAGGUUAUGUCGCUGACUCAGGGGCUCUUCCCUCCCUAGCUUCCCCUCUCCUCUGACCUUAGUUGGCUGAUCCAAUCUAGCAGAUUUUGUCUAUUUAUUAAAAAAUACUUGAGGACAAAA